GCCGCCUGCGGAGAGGCCGGGGGCCGGCCUGCGUGGGGCCGCGCGCGGCAGCGGCGGCGUUGGCGGCGGCGGCGUUGGCGGCGACUUCCUCCGGGCCCGGCCGGACAGCACAGGGCCAUGGCCGAGGCGGCCGCGGCUCCGAUUUCUCCGUGGACGAUGGCAGCUACCAUCCAGGCCAUGGAAAGGAAGAUUGAAUCGCAGGCUGCCCGCCUGCUUUCCCUGGAAGGUCGAACCGGGAUGGCCGAGAAGAAGCUGGCCGACUGCGAGAAGACGGCCCUGGAGUUCGGGAACCAGCUGGAGGGCAAGUGGGCGGUGCUGGGGACGCUGCUGCAGGAGUACGGGCUGCUGCAGAGGCGCCUGGAGAACAUGGAGAACCUGCUGAGGAACCGCAACUUCUGGAUCCUGCGGCUGCCCCCGGGCAGCAAGGGCGAGGCCCCCAAGGAGUGGGGCAAGCUGGAUGAGUGGCAGAAGGAGCUGUACAAGCACGUGAUGAGAGGCAACUAUGAGACGCUGGUCUCCCUGGACUACGCCAUCUCCAAGCCCGAGGUCCUCUCCCAGAUUGAGCAGGGCAAGGAUCCGUGCAGCUGGCGUCGCGCUGGCCCCAAGGUUCCUGAUGUGCCCGUGGACCCGAGUCCAGGCUCCGGGGCCCCGGUUCCUGCCCCUGACCUCUUAAUGCAGAUCAAGCAGGAGGGCGAGCUCCAGCUCCAGGAGCAGCAGGCCCUGGGCGUAGAGGCCUGGGCCGCCGGACAGCCAGAUAUUGGGGAGGAGCCGUGGGGGCUCAGCCAGCUGGACUCCGGAGCAGGAGACGUCUCCACCGACACGGCCUCCGGCGUCCACUCCAACUUCUCAACCACUAUCCCGCCCACCUCCUGGCAGGCGGAUCUCCCCCCCCACCAUCCCUCUUCCGCCUGCUCCGACGGGACGCUGAAGCUCAGCACGGCCGCCUCCACGGAAGCAGAUGUAAAAAUUGUGAUAAAAACAGAAGUCCAGGAAGAGGAGGUGGUGGCCACCCCAGUGCAUCCUACUGACCUAGAAGCCCAUGGGCCCCUGUUCGGACCUGGCCAAGCCACAAGGUUCUUCCCCAGUCCUGUCCAGGAAGGCGCCUGGGAGAGCCAGGGCAGCUCCUUCCCCAGCCAGGACCCCGUGCUGGGGCUGAGAGAGCCCGCCCGGCCCGAGCAGCGCGACUUGGCCGAGCCCAGCCCCGCGGUGGCCCAGGACGAGGCCCCGCCCGGGGACUGGCUCUUUGGGGGGGUCCGCUGGGGCUGGAAUUUCAGGUGUAAGCCGCCCGUGGGCCUGAACCCGCGGACCGGGCCCGAGGGGCUGCCCUACUCCUCCUCCGACGGCGGGGAGGCCGUGCUGGACCCCGGCCAGGCCCCGCGCCCCUUCGCCGACCCCUGUAAAUACCCCGGCCGGACCAAAGGCUUCGGCCACAAGCCGGGCCUGAAGAAGCACCCGGCGGCGCCCCGGGGCCGCCCGUUCACCUGCGCCGCCUGCGGGAAGAGCUUCCAGCUGCAGGUCAGCCUGAGCGCGCACCAGCGCAGCUGCGGGCCGCCCGACGGGGCGCCGGGGGCGGCGGGCAGCGCACGGGACGGCAGCGCCCUGCGGUGCGGCGAGUGCGGCCGCUGCUUCACGCGCCCCGCGCACCUCAUCCGGCACCGCAUGCUGCACACGGGCGAGCGGCCCUUCCCCUGCACCGAGUGCGAGAAGCGCUUCACCGAGCGCUCCAAGCUCAUCGACCACUACCGCACGCACACGGGCGUGCGGCCCUUCACCUGCACCGUGUGCGGCAAGAGCUUCAUCCGCAAGGACCACCUCCGCAAGCACCAGCGCAACCACGCGGCCGGGGCCAAGCCGGCCCGGGGCCAGCCGCUCCCGCCACCGCCGCCGCCGCCGCCGCCCGCCGCGCCCCCGGACCCCUUCAAGGGCCCUGGCACCAAAGGACCCUUGGCCGCCACAGACCUCGUGACCGACUGGACUUGCGGCCUGAGUGUCCUGGGACCCACCGACGGCGGGGACCUGUGAGCCCCCGCGGCCGCGCGUACAAAGGCCCUUGUCCCGCCGCCAGGGGGCGCCCUGCGUCCCCCGCUGCUGUGCGGAGCCCCGGAGCCGGAGCCUCCACCUCGAAGCAGGCAGAAAUCUCUGUGAAACUGAGCAGCAUAGAGUUUUCAGUAAUUUAAUUACGAACUCUUUUUUUUUUUUUUAAUUCUUGAAGCAAAAGCUGGAAAAUAGUAGUAGCGCCAGUUUAGAGUGUCCUUUUGGUUUCUGGAGUAUGUGUGUUUCGUGGGCUGUGUCCUUCCCGAGUCUGACAGUGAGUGUGCUGGAGGCCUGGCCAGCUGGGGACCAGCCAGAGAGGCACCUGGACCUCCGUGGCCCCUCGAGCCCUGGCGCACAGGCCCAGGGGAGUUGAGACCCCCCACCUUCCCCUGCGGGGCUGGGAGGUGAGGUAGACUGGGCGCUGCGGAAGCGGCUCAGGGGGAGAGGGACCUGAGCCGGCGCCCCCGGAGGUGUUUCUUCUCAUCCAAAGGCUCCGCAGAAGUGCUGGCCCUGCCCGUGCCCCCCUGCGCCCCUCGCCCUGUUAGUGACUCCUGGGCCUCGUUCAGCAGAAGGGUCUGAAAUCGCUGUUAGGGCGGCGGGAGGCGGGGCUGCGCUCCACUCCAGCGAGAUGCUUCUUGGCUUUGCUCUCUGUGUGAUGUCUGCUCCCUGCCCACAUGCUCUCCGACCGAAUCUGGUUUGAUCGUCACUGUGACCUAGCGAAGCACGCAGGACGAGUAUUCGUUCUCGUUGGAGGCGAGGAAAAGUUACCCCGAGGAGGCCCAUCUUGUGCGCACGGUUGGUGCCCACUGCAGGGAAGACCCUCAGGGCGGACGCAGCUCAUCCUCCUGGAGCAUCAGUUUGGGGGAGGAAAGCUUUUGGGUUUUGCCCUAAGGUCUUCAAAGAUUUGCCCCACUUCUGCCUGAGCAAAACCCUCAGGCCUCAAGCUUUAGCCGAGGCUCAGCUGUGGUAGCCGGCCGGCGGGGCAGGCGCUCUCCCCCGGGAGGGGCCAGGCAGCAGGGCUGGUCAGGGACAGGCUUGCUGGUUCCCUAGCCGACCUCUUAAAGGUGGGAUUAGAAAUGCACCCAGGUUUCUUGAUUCCACCACAAGGCUGCCCCCUGCCACACGAGUAUCCAUUCCCGUUGUGUUGAAGCAGCCGCUCGUUCCGUGUCCCACGGGGAACUGGUCUCCCCUGAGGAAGGGGAGGCCAUGGCUUCUGUUUAUUCAGCUCCCUUGUGUGUACUUUUAUUAGGCGAUAGACUAGUUAAGAAAAUUGUUUCUAUGUACUGUAUAUUUUGUACCUGUUUACACUUCUAAUAUUGAUAUAACUGAUAUUUUGAAAAACAAAUGAAGAGGAAACGUCCUGUUAAAAUAAAACCUAACCAGCGCCAAGGUG